CUCUGACACAAGUCUACAGUUCAAUAGUUUAGCCUGUUGUUUGGGACGAAGCCCAAGUGUGCGCUCCUGCGUGUGCAAAGGCGACUCUGCACUUCUACGCGUAAAGACAAUCGGCUCAUCUGUGUUGUUUCCAAACAAAAUUUUCUCAGCAUGGAUAAGUUUCGGAUGAUGUUCCAGUUCUUACAAGCUAACCAGGAGUCUUUUAUGAAUGGUAUAUGUGGCAUCAUGGCCCUGGCUAGCGCACAGCUUUACUCCACGUUUGAGUUCACCUGUCCGUGUAUGCCGGAGUAUAAUUACGCGUACGGGGUCGGCAUUCUGAUCGUUCCUCCGUUUUGGUUCUUCAUGCUCGGCUACGUGCUGAAUAAUAACAUCUCGGUGCUGACAGAGGAGUGGAAGAGACCCAUAGGUCAGCGGCAGAAGGAAACCACUGUGCUGCGCUACAUGCUGUGCUCCAUGACCCAGCGCGCACUCAUCGCUCCAUCCGUAUGGAUAGCAGUUACCCUCAUGGACGGAAAGAGCUUCUUAUGCGCCUACAGCGCCAGGAUCGACCUGAAUUACUUCUUAAAUAGUAGCUACGUGCCUAUGUCCGAUAAAGACCUGGAGAAAAUAAUGGCGACAAUUCCAUGUAAAAAUAUUUUCGACGCAAAUUAUGUCAUCAACAGGGAGGCAGCAUCCAGGUAUAUUCGGGUUAUGUCGCAGGCCUGUGGAUGGGCAUUUCUGAUGUUGACAACUUUUGUGGCCUUUCUAAUAAGAGCAAUCAGACCUUGUUUCACUCAAGCUGUCUUCCUGAAAACCAAAUACUGGUCCCAUUACAUUGAUACAGAACGUAGGCUCUUCGAUGACACCUGCAAAGAGCAUGCCAAAAGUUUUGCCAAAGUCUGCAUUCAACAAUAUUUUGAGAGCAUCAGUGGUGAAAUGGUAUUUCACAAAUUGCAUGAGAAGGCAAAGGCUGAAAAAGAGAAAGGCAACGAAGAAGAAAAGCCCGUGAGUGAGGAAGAAAAGCUCUUAGGCAUUCGUGAAAAGGACGACAUGAAUAAAGUUCUGUGGAACUGGCAUACCUGUAAACCUGCACUUAGAAUUCAUAAAUAUGAUAAAGAUGAAAAUAAUGAGAACUCAAAUAGCCCGGUACAAACUAAUGGUUAUCACAGGCCAAAGUUCAUGAACGAAUCUACAGCAUAUUAUUCCAAGGUCUGAUUUUAAGGAAAAUAUAAUAAUUCAUAAUUCAUGCAAAUAAUAUGCAUAUUUAGGUAUAUGCAUACAUAACCCUAGCCUUAACCCUAGCCUUUUUAUUUCAAGCCUUUGUACAAUGCAUAAUAAUUUAUGUAACAAUAAGUCCCAGGCAGCUUGUUUGCUAAUUGGGAAAAUGAAAUUUUCACAGUGUUGUGCUGGGUCACUGUUAAUAUCACAUCACAUCCCUCAUUUUUAGACAUUUUCUUGCAGUAUUUACAGGGUGGCUGCUUGUAGUCAGUCUUUCAGUUUCUUUACCUAAAAGUAAAGUGAAAAAUAAAUCUUUGCCAUGUGGGGGUGCUGUUUUAUCAUGUUAACGGGUUUAAAUAAUAAACUCAAACAUGGCUGGAAAAGCGGAUGAUGAACAAGGCGUGUCGACUCACAUCUGUGUAGUGAACACACGACUCGCUUUGUGCACAAUCUGUUCUACAGCAAAUAGAAAGUUAAUUUUUUGUUCCUUUUACUACCUUUAAACCGGCUGUUUUCGGAUUUACACAGACUUUUAUGCAAGGUUCUUGCUUUUCUGCACUGAUUUAUUCUUUGUGUCGUUUUGCCCCGCAGACAGUUUAGUGAGUUUCCUGACCACAUGUUUUAAAUACUUCUGUUUUCCACUUGGAGAUUCAGAAAGUCUGAUUCACAGGCUGUUCCUGCUACAGACUUUUCUUACUUUUAUUUUUUAACUUUGGGUGUUUUUUUUAUUCAAAUGAAAAUACGAACACUGAGGUUUUCUGUUGUGAAUCCAAGUUCGUUAUUCUUUUCAAAAUCUCUUGGAUCUUUGGAAAAAGUUGUGCCUCUUAGCCUUCGGACGUAGGUUUGUAUUUUUCCCUGUAAUUCUUUGUUUUUCUUUAUUUUUCUGCUCAUGGCUAAACAAACUCUUAUUUGUACAUAUGUUACCUUGAUUUUAGACUGUGUAGGUUGUAUUAUGUAUGGUUAAAGAAGUAAUGUCUUAUUGAAACCUUAGCUGUGUACAACAGAACUCUGAUUAAAGAAAUAUUGAAAUAUGCAUAGCAAAGUAAUACAAAUAACAUUUAUUUAUUAAAUAAACAACGUUUAUUCUUCCA